GUUCCAACCAACAGAGGAAGUAGAGUCACGGUUGUGAAGUAACGUGUGUUACGUGUCUGCUGAAACGUUAUUAAACAUUAAUUCUUGAGCAGUUAAUCUAGAGAAAUGCACGAGGAUGACCGGCUGUCCUGUGUACUUUGUCGGCGCUCCGAAGAGACGAAGAUAACAGGAGCGUUAGCCACUAAAGAUGACGUCACGGCCCACCAGAACUGUUUGUUGUUUUCCUCUGCGCUCUUUUGCCGUAACACUCCGAAGUUUGACGACCUGUUUGGUUUCUCUGUGGAUGACGUGUUGAAUGAGGAGAAACGAGGACGACUACUGAUCUGUCACAAAUGUAAGAGGAGGGGAGCCACGGCUGGGUGUGAAGUCGGACGCUGCAAGAAGUCCUACCACUACCCGUGUGCUGUGGAAGAAAGAGCCAUGAUUGUUGAGGAUUCAGAAAAGGAGCAAUACAGGCUGUUCUGCUACAACCACUAUCCAAAAACAAAAGAAAACAACCACUCAGGAAACGGAUGUCUCUCUUCAUCCUCAAAGUCCAAAACUUACAGAAAUCCUGAAGAACCUGGAACGUCCAAGGUUCAUUGCCUUACCUGUGAGAAGAUAGAAGGAAACAUCAGCUCGAAAAGUUUGCCUUGUGGAGUUGUCAUGUCAUAUUGUGACAAACAUGCUCCUGGUUCACACAAGAGGAAUGCCAGUGGUGAUUCUACUUCAAACCAAGGCGUCUGUGUACAGCAGCGACUUAAACUCGUCCAGCAGUAGGACGCUUUCAUCUUCAAAGAGACGGUUGACUUUUAAAGACAAACAGGACUGGACCCCUUCUAAACGCAGAGCUAAAGUCUUAAGUGCUUUACUCACGGAUGAUUCUUCAAAUUCAGAUGGUGAUGAUGAACCUGAUUCAGAAAUGGCCCCUUUGGAAACAGAUGUAGAAGAUAGUGCGAUGGUUCAUGAGCCCGACGUAAG